AUGGGGCUGGCAGCUCGCCAGCCAAUGGUCCGUACAAGUCCAGCUUCUGGACGCGAGCAUCGCGUCCCGGAGGCACCUAAGCCUCAGGUUGGAGCCGGACGCAGUCCUGGCUCUUCCUCCACACUUGACAGCGGCUACGUCACUACCGAGUAUGUUUGCUGUGGUCACGAUGACGCCUAG